CCGGCUCUCCUCCGCUGCUGAGGCCAUUGUCCAGCCUUGGUGCGGCUAAGGCCGCUUUGGGCCGCACCUCCACACACCACAGUUGGAGAAGACUGAGCCUGCAGCGGGGGCGGGAGGAGACGUUCCAAACCUUGGGUGGGCCUGAGGUUGCAAAAUCUGGAAACUCCAAGAGGCAGUGAUUCCGAGUACGCGAGUACGCGAGUACGCGGCUCUUAACGGCACCUCCAUCCUGCCGCGCCCCCCGUCCUGCCGGGGCCGGAGGGCACUGGGCGUGGCCAGAGGAGGGCGUCCUGGACGCGUCCCUGUCUGGGAAGCGGGCCCCGACGAGUCAGGAAUGGCCCCGAGGCCUCCGACAGCCGCACCCCAGGAAUCAGUGACAUUCAAGGAUGUGGCUGUGGACUUCACCCAGGAAGAAUGGCACCACAUGGCCCCUGCUCAGAGGCGCUUGUACAGGGACGUGAUGCUGGAGAACUACAGCAACCUAGUUUCUCUUGGAUAUCAAGCUUCCAAGCCAGAGGUUAUCUUCAAAUUGGAGCAAGGAGAAGAGCCAUGGCUGUCAGAGGGAGAAAUCCAAAGAUCUUUCUGUCCAGACUGGAAGAACAGGCCUGAAGCCAAAUCAUCAAAUCUGCAGCAGAGCAUAUCUGAAGUAUCCCUUCGCCCAAAUGAUCUCUCACAUGCCACAGUAGAAGUUGCUUGGGAUGUGAGUAGUCAUUUAGAGAGGCACCAAGAAAACUGGAAGAGAUAUCUGGGUCCAGAUGUAUCCACCCAGAAGAAAAUAAUCACACCAGAGGAAACUUUUGAGCAUAAUAAAUUUGGUGAAAACUCUAGAUUGAACACAGACUUGGUUACACAACUGAACAUUCCUUCAAGGUCUAGUGAAUGUGAUACACUUGGAAUCAAUUUGGGACAUAAUUCAGAUUUACUUAAUCAGAAUAAUAUCCUUGCAAAAAAGAAACCUUAUAAAUGUAAUAAAUGUAGAAAAGCUUUUAUUCAUAGAUCGUCACUUACUAAACAUGAGAAAACUCAUAAAGGAGAGGGAGCUUUCCCAAAUGGUACAGAUCAGGGAAUUUAUGCUGGAAAGAAACACCAUGAAUGUACUGACUGUGGAAAAACCUUCCUCUGGAAGACACAGCUUACCGAGCAUCAGAGAAUUCACACAGGGGAAAAACCCUUUGAAUGCAAUGUAUGUGGGAAGGCCUUCAGGCAUAGCUCCUCCCUUGGUCAGCAUGAGAAUGCACAUACUGGAGAGAAACCCUAUCAGUGUAGUCUCUGUGGGAAAGCUUUCCAGCGUAGCUCCUCCCUUGUUCAACACCAGAGGAUUCACACUGGAGAAAAACCCUAUCGAUGUAACUUAUGUGGAAGGUCUUUUAGGCAUGGCACGUCCCUCACUCAACAUGAGGUCACACAUAGUGGAGAGAAACCCUUUCAAUGUAAGGAAUGUGGGAAGGCCUUUAGUCGAUGUUCUUCCCUUGUGCAGCAUGAGAGGACUCAUACAGGAGAAAAACCUUUUGAAUGUAGCAUAUGUGGGAGGGCUUUUGGUCAGAGCCCAUCCCUUUAUAAACAUAUGAGGAUUCAUAAGAGAGGGAAACCUUACCAAAGCAAUAACUACAGCAUAGAAUACAAGCACAGUUCAUCUCUUACUCAAGAUGAAAGCAUUCUGUCUGAAGUGAAAUCCUAUCAUUGUAAUGACUGUGGGGAAGACUUCAGUCACUUUACAGACUUUUCUGACCAUCAGAGGAUACAUACUGGAGAGAGCCCCUAUGAUUGUGAGCAGACCUUCAGUCAACAACCUGUUUCUCAUCCUGGAGAGAAACCCUAUCAGUGUAAUGUAUGUGGAAAAGCUUUCAAAAGGAGUACAAGUUUCAUAGAGCAUCACAGAAUUCAUACUGGAGAAAAACCCUAUGAAUGUAAUGAAUGUGGAGAAGCCUUUAGUCGACGCUCAUCACUUACUCAACAUGAGAGAACCCACACAGGAGAGAAACCCUAUGAAUGUAUUGACUGUGGGAAAGCCUUCAGUCAGAGUUCCUCCCUCAUUCAACAUGAGAGAACUCAUACUGGAGAAAAACCCUAUGAAUGUAAUGAAUGUGGGCGAGCCUUCCGAAAGAAAACCAAUUUGCAUGAUCAUCAGAGAAUUCAUACGGGAGAAAAACCCUAUGCUUGUAAGGAAUGUGGGAAAAACUUUAGUCGAAGCUCAGCUCUCACUAAACACCAGAGAAUUCAUAUGCGAAAUAAACUCUAGGAACCCUGAAAUUAAUGAAUGCAGAAAGCUUUAGCUAAAAUAUUAUUCUUACUCGGUAUCAAAAGAUUCUUACUGGAGAGAAAGCUUGGGAAUGUAAUGAAUUAUGUGUAUUUGUAUGUUGUGUGCAGAGAAAACUCUGUGCUAGUAGACAUUUUUUUAAUCCAAUAAAUAAAAGCCACAUUCUCAGAUCUGGUUACAGAUUUGUAAAAACAACUACCAACAUUAUGUAUAACCUGUUGGAAAUGAUAUGCCUAUACAUUGGACUUUUUAAAGCUUUUUAACAUAUAUAUUACCAACUUUCAACAAUUUGACUUUUACUGUUUACAGCCUUUUUAUAGAAAUUCCUGCAGUAAUGACCAAAACUCAUUUUUAAAAUUGCUUGAUAACUGCAUUCAAUUGCAGCUCUUACACUGAAUUUACCAUGGAAACCAGUUCCACCUCCAGAAAUUCACUGUUCAAAGAAUUAGAUCAACUGGUCCAACUACUUCAUUGUACAGAUGAAGAAACUGAAAACCAAAGAUGUAAAGUGGUUUGCACAGUGUUAUACAACUUAAAAUGGCAAAGCUGGGUGGAGAAUGCAGGUCUCCUGGAUCUUUGGCCCCAGGGUCUUGACACUGAAAAGGUAUUUUGGA